AAAAAAUCAACGACACUUUGUUACGAGGACUUGCCGGCUUGCCGCCGGUAGAUGUCCUAAAACCGGACGCCCAAAUAUGUGCUUGUCAAUCAUCGCAAAAAACCCGGUCUAAGCCAGUAAGUCCCAAGUUGUUAUGAGUUUGUUUGGUCAAACACAUUAUGGAGCCAAGAAUGGCGGGACAACUCCCAGCAAAAUAACUGAAUAACGAUACUUCUUCAGCUCAUCCUUUACGGGGGAACUCAAGGAAUCGGGAAAUGGAUUCUUCUUCAACGUCUAAGCAAGGCCGGAAACCGCCUUCACUGAAUCAACUGGACAUCUACUCGACCGUCGUUUUCCACGGCACCGACGCCGAAAAUGAGCAGACUCGCGACGCCGUCUCUGUGUCGAAGGGCGAUGCUUCAUUGGAAUCCGUGAAUGACACGCCGUCCGUUGGCGGCACAAUGAUAGUGAAGACCAAUCGCCGCAGACCUCGGUCCGAGACGAUGUCGUUUCUCGAUCGAACGGAGAAGAUCCGCAAGAGUAGAACUGGUGAAAUCGGGGAGGAGGGCGUUGAGGAAGGGGAUUUCUCUACAUUUGUAAUGAGGGACGGCGAGAUUGAAUCGGGGACCGUGGUGAGGAGAACGAGCGGAAGAGGAACUGGCGAAGAGAGCGGAUUGUCUACGAUGAGAAGAGCUGUCGCGAGUAUGCAAUCUAUGGAGGAGAUUGGGGCUGGGAGGAAGAGGAAAGGUGGUAAUGGCGGUGCGUUGGAGGAGGAAAUGAAGCAGGUGCAUGGGAGUAAGGUGUCUUCCAGCUCCUUUCCAGAUAGUGUGGCGAGGGAAGAUCCUUCUACGAAGUAUGAAAUUCUUCACGAACUCGGAAAGGGUUCAUAUGGUGCUGUUUACAAAGCUCGAGAUCUGAAGACUUCGGAAAUGGUUGCCAUCAAAGUGAUAUCAUUGUCUGAAGGGGAGGAAGGCUAUGAGGAUAUCCUAGGUGAAAUUGAGAUGCUACAGCAGUGCAGUCAUCCAAAUGUUAUUCGCUACUUUGCGAGCUAUCAAGGAGACGAAUAUCUUUGGGUAUGACCAAAUGAAUGGAUUAUGCGACAACUAAUGCUUCAACGGAAUCAACGCUUAAUAAAAAGAAUAGUAAUGGAGUAUUGUGGGUGUGGAAGUGUUGCUGGUUUAAUGAAUGUCAAUGAGGCACCACUUGAGGAGCACCAAAUAGCAUAUAUUUGCAAAGAAACAUUAAAGGGCCUUUCCUAUUUACACUCCAUAUUUAAAGUACAUCGAGAUAUCAAAGGGGGUAAUAUAUUGUUAACUGAUCAAGGAGAGGUUAAGUUAGGUGAUUUUGGUGUUGCUGCACAGCUAACUAGAACAAUGUCCAAGCGUAACACGUUUAUUGGAACUCCUCACUGGAUGGCUCCAGAAGUUAUUCAAGAAAGUCGGUAUGAUGGAAAGGUAGAUGUGUGGGCACUUGGAAUAUCUGCUAUUGAAAUGGCAGAGGGUCUUCCUCCGAGGGCAACUGUGCAUCCUAUGAGGGUGCUGUUUAUGAUAUCAAGAGAACCAGCUCCAAUGCUUGAGGAUAAGGAGAAAUGGUCUCUUUUGUUUCAUGACUUCGUCGCAAUGUGCCUUACAAAGGAUCCUCGUCUCCGUCCAACUGCAGCAGAGUUGCUAAAGCACAAAUUCAUUGAGAAGUGUAAAAGUGGAGCUUCUGGAAUGCUGCCCAGGAUACAGCAAGCAAAGGAAAUUAGAUCUUCCAUGGCUUUAGAAGCUCAGAAAAUUGUAUCAUCAGCCACUCUACGAGAUUUAGGAGGUGACCCCAAAGUAAAUGAAUCAUUUGGAGAUACAGUGCCUGCUGGUCUGCAAGUCUCUGAUGUACUAUCAUCUGCAAUUAAUGUGGAGAAUCAUGAUUCAGUACAUAUAGAAACUGAUGAAGAAGGUGACUUUGGGACAAUGAUAGUUCGAGAUGCUAGUAACACAGCUACAACAGCUACUCAGAUUGCAGUCCGAGACAAAGAACCGUCCCCUUCUGUAGAACCUACUGGAAAUGCCCAUGUCCCUGGCCAUGAAGAAAAAACAAUUGACCCUAGGCUAUACAGUGAAGAGAGUCUUAGUUCCACAAGUGGCACAUCCCAAUCCGGACAAGGGAAAGCCUCUUCUCCUGCAAUGCUUGCUCCUCCACUUUUAUCCCCCCCACCGGGCAACAUUUUUGUAACAAAAGGUCCCUUGAAGAGUGAAGCUGUCAGUCAAAAAGCUGUAGAAAAGCUCCGCUCAAUAUACUCAGCUGGUAUUACGGUACCAAUCCCGUUCGUGAGAGCAUCUGAUAUAUCACCAAUUGCACUUCUGUCUGGCAAUAUGCUUGGGGCCUGGCAAGAAGAUGAUACUUUGCAUGAGCUUUUCUGUCGCGAUGCUCAGUCAAAAAAGGGCCGAAGUAGACAAAACGAGGUUCCCUUGCCUCCAAGUGUACAUCAACGACUAUCUUCUAGUCCUACCUUAAUGAACCUAACACAAGCUUUGGCUUAUCACAGGAUGUGCUAUGAUGACAUGCCUCUUCAGGAAAUGCAAGCUACACAAGAGCAAAAGACCAUCCAAAGCCUUUGCGAUACACUAAAAACCAUUUUGCGGUUAUAAAUAGAUGCUGUUUAUUUAUAGUUUUUUUUUAUAUAGAAAAUGACAUUAUCUAACUCGAGUAUUCAUUUAUUUGGAUUACAUUGAAUAUUAUUGGGGACCAAUAUUAUUGCAAUCCGUAAACAAUACUAUCAUAUGUGCAGCCCAGAACAUCUAAGAGCAACACAAACGGAUUAUUGCCUUAAACUUCUGUGACCUUUUCCCACAAGAGAUAUCUCCACAUAGCUAAUCAGGAAUGCACCACCAACCCAUAUAGUCAUGAAAAGAGCUCUUAGUGACAAGUGGAGGUGGUCCGAAUGCACCAUUUCCCACACUUACUAUAUUAUAUUCCUCAUGCUAGAGGUCUUGAGUUCAAGUCACUAAGGAGGUGAGUUUGAGAAGAUUUUCUCAAGUGAGAAUCCGCUAACCCCAAAGUUAGCUUUGAGUGUGUGGGUUAUCUUCUUGCUAGAAACUUGAUUAUUUUUUACCAAUCGAUGGCAAUUCUCUCGGGAGCUAUGCUGGAAC